UCAAACACAUUCUCGUGCUCACAAGAGCACUUUAUUUUUUACCGAGUUAUUUUUUGUAUUGUUUCGAAACGGCUUCGAAUAAUACACACAUAUUUCUGCUUUAAACUUUUUAAUGGUUUCUAAAUUCAUGGGACAACCAAAGCAAGAAAGCCUCAUGUCUUGGGGGAAAUUUUGAUAGCAGCAAUGCCUAGAAAAGAUGCGGCAUCUCAGAAACAACCUUAAGUGUCCAUCGGUGGAUGAAUGGAUAGAGAAAAUGUGAGCCAAAGAUGUUUAUCUUGCUCUAUGUUACAAGCUUUGCCGUUUGUGCCGCUGGACAGCCUCGGUUCAAAGGAGAGACCUACUCCCCAAGAUAUAUCUGUAGCGUCCCUGGCUUACCUGGACCUCCAGGACCCCCUGGAGCGAACGGUUCCCCUGGGCCCCAUGGUCGGAUCGGCCUUCCAGGACGAGAUGGUAGAGACGGCAGGAAAGGAGAGAAAGGUGAAAAGGGGGCUGCAGGUUUGAGAGGUAAGACUGGACCACUGGGCCUUGUUGGAGAGAAGGGGGACCAAGGAGAGACUGGGAAGAAAGGACCCAUUGGACCAGAUGGAGAAAAAGGAGAAGUAGGUCCCAUGGGGCCUCCCGGAGCAAAGGGGGACAGAGGAGAGCAAGGGGAUCCAGGGCUGCCUGGAGUUUGUAGAUGUGGAAGCAUCGUGUUCAAAUCUGCCUUUUCUGUUGGCAUCACUACCAGCUACCCAGAAGAAAGGCUACCGAUUAUAUUUAACAAGGUCCUCUUCAAUGAGGGAGAGCACUACAAUCCUGCAACAGGCAAGUUUAUCUGUGCCUUCCCAGGGAUCUAUUACUUUUCUUAUGAUAUCACAUUGGCGAAUAAGCAUCUGGCAAUUGGGCUGGUGCACAAUGGGCAAUACCGGAUAAAGACCUUCGAUGCCAACACAGGGAACCACGACGUGGCCUCGGGGUCCACGGUCAUCUAUCUUCAGCCAGAAGAUGAAGUCUGGCUGGAGAUCUUCUUCACCGACCAGAACGGCCUCUUCUCAGACCCAGGCUGGGCAGACAGCUUGUUCUCCGGAUUUCUCCUGUAUGUUGACACCGAUUAUCUGGAUUCCAUAUCAGAAGAUGACGAACUGUGAUCAGGACUGCUGUCCUGAAUGCUCCAAGAUUCUGUGGCAGACACUUUGACUUAAUCUGGGGCCCUGGAAGGGGGAGCCAGCAGCAGUGAGAUCCAAAAAGACUCCCACUCAGAUUCCAAAGCAUUUACAGAAAAUCCUAGCAGAAUCUAUUAAAACAAGAUGAACCACCAAAUGGUUGAAACCACACCAAGAUGAAUUAUAUAAAACAAUAACCCCAGAUAAGAAUGCUCUUGAAAAGCAAUGUUCAUAAAUAUUUAAACAAAUUAAAGACAAUGUUAACAAAUUUUCUGUUAAACUCCCUGACUGAUAAAAAUCAGCUGGCAAUGAUAUUGUCUCAUUAAAUCUUCAUAAAAUUACA